AUGCUUGAACUUGGGCUCGCCGCACUCGCUCCCGGCAAGUCCCUCGUUGCCCCCUCUUCCGCGGAACCGUAUAACCAGAACCACCUCGUGCUGGAAGACGACUCGGACUGGGGUCUUGCGCUGGUUGAGCGGGAACUGAAGCGUCGCGGCGUUACGGAGGGAUAUCGCAGGGAUGCGGUGGUGAGGAGCAUCUGGCCGAAGCACGCAGACAUCGCCGUGCCCACCGCUAGGGUUAUCGGGAUGCGCUUCGAGAAACUUGAAGCGUAUACAUGGGAGGCGCGUGAGCAGUAUAAAGCAGCUGAAACACUCUACCACGCCAUCGCCAACAUCGAAAGAGAAGUAUUGGCCAAGAUCAAGAAGGGCUUGGGGGAGAAGCGGUACGAGGACCUUGAGGGGCGGCUUCAAACAGCUCUGCGCGAGCAAGGUAUUCAUGAGCUCGCCAAGCCCAGUUCGGUAGCGGACGAAGGAAGCUACAGGCGCGCGAGAAUUUAUGGGGCGUAG